AUGCUUGUUUCUUGGGUUAAACGUAAGGAGAAUUGGGUGAGAUUGAACACUGGUGGUGCCAGUAAACACAAUUCCGGUCUUGCCAGUGCUGGGGCAGAGAUGUGGGCUGCUAGCUUGGGUUCACAUGUGGCAUGGCAACAGGGUUAUCGGCAAGUAGAGUUAGAGGUGGAUUUGGCAACCUUGGUUACUGCUAUUAAGGGUUCCUGUGAGUCGUUGAUUACAGACCCUCCUUUUAAGGAAAUGGUUCAGCUUAUUCACCACUAG